CAUUUGUUUUGAAUUUAUUGUAUUUAUAAAUUAUCGAGCAUAAUCUUCGAAAAUAAUCCCUUUUUUAUAAACAAAAUUAAUUUCGUAAAACCUCUGUGUACCACCUGAUGCUUGAGCCCUGAAAUUACGAAAAGUUGGUAGCUGUAUAUUGGAGAAAAUCUCCACCAGAAUUACAAACGAUUUCAUCAGAAUGUGCAAAGAUUACUACAAGAUUCUUGACAUCGAGCGAAAUGCAUCCAGCGAAGAGGUCAAGAAGGCCUACAAACGGAUGGCACGGCGCUAUCAUCCGGACAAGAACGACCAUCCACAGGCCGAGGAGCAGUUCAAGGAAGUGGCUGCCGCCUACGAGAUCCUGUCCGACAAGGAGAAGCGCGAGAUCUACGACAAAUUCGGUGAGAAGGGCCUAAGGGGCGGUGUCAAACCGCCGAAUAACGCUCUGCUCUCGUCCGAUAUGCUGCUGUUCAUGUGUGCCAUUGGCGGAGUAGUAAUUUUUGCCUUUGCCGCCUAUAAGAUAUUCCAGCUCUUCACACGCAAAAAGGACGCGACGCCAAGAACGACCAUCCACAGGCCGAGGAGCAGUUCAAGGAGGGGGCUGCCGCCUACGAGAUCCUGUCUGACAAGGAGAACCGCGAGAUCUACGACAAAUUCGGUGAGAAGGGCCUAAGGGGCGGUGUCAAAGCGCCGAAUUUCGCUCUGCCCUCGUCCGAUAUGCUGCUGUUCAUGUGUGCCAUUGGCGGAGUAG